AUGUCGACACGAGGCCGAAGACAUCGAUCGUCGACUGCGGCUUCAACUCCUCCCGAAGCAACAAAAGCUACCGCAGAGCUACAAGUUCUCCUCGAUGAUUUGUCUACGGUCCUUCAACAGCGUGUCGAAGAUGUAUAUCCUGAUCUGCCAUCAAUUGUUGAACGAGUUCAGGCUAUUCGAGUCUUUCUAAUAGCAUCCUCACAAACAUCACAAUCAAAAGAUGACUUCCGACAUCUUCAUGGAUAUCAAAUCCUGCUGAAUACCCUUCGAGCAUUUUCGGGGUUUUAUCAUCCCUUCAAAAGGAAUCAGCAGGAUAAAAUACGAUUUUUCGACCUCCUCGAAAACAUAUUAGGUGUGUUGGCACAGACAUUUCGAGAGCAUUAUGGAAAUAGAAGAUACUUCAAACGUCGAGUUGAGGGAGGAGGCUGGGCAGCUUUAGAGCAAAUAAUAGCUAGCAUUGGUAUCGGUGGUAGUGAGUCUGAUAUAUGGACGGAAGCGCAGCUUUUUGGGCGGCUUCUUGCAUUCGCUUUGGACGACAAGAGAUUUGAAACUUUAUGUCAAAUCGCCGCUGAAUACCAUCCAUCAAGAAUCAAGUCAAAUGAUCCCACAAUAUCCGAGGACGUCAAAGACACGCCAAUUGCAACCCAAGACCCAAAGCUCGAGUUAGAAAACAUCAAAAACGAUGAAGGCAUUCUCAGCUUGGUGGAGACUCGUUUGCAGGCGAUCCUGCGCGAGAGCUCCUUGCUACAUCAUGCAGAUAUCGUUCCAAUUAUUAUAGACUUUUGGAAAACCAUACCUCGAGUUCCAAACCUACCGGUAAAUCCAGCUGCAUUGGUGGUUAUUCUAACAUUGUCAAAAAUUUCUUCAAUAUCAAAUCACAGUUUGUUGGCUUUGCAUUCGACAGGAGUAUUAUCCACUCUGCUUCCGCUUGCUUUCGAUCCUGACUCUCCUCUUGCUACCACUGAGAGACAGACCGUCGAACAGUUAUGUGGUUCUUUGAUAUCUUUAGGUAUUAGCUCUUUGAAUGAUGCCCAAUACCUAGUCUCUAGCCAGUCUCCUAUUGCUAGCGAAUUCUUGCUUCGUACGAUGAAGAAAUCUCACACUCCUUCGUACAUUCAAUUUGAUCUUUCUUUGAAUGGUUUUGCUUCCAUAGAACUUCCCACUCUAGCAAGGUCUUUCCCGCCCCCCUCGACAGUGGGAGGCUAUACAUUCACAGCCUGGAUAUUCGUGGACAAAUUUGAUCCAAAUGCCCAUACGACUAUCUUUGGGGCAUAUGAUGAGACUCAAACCUGUUUUUUGUUGGCGUAUCUUGAGCAGGAUACUCACAAUUUCAUUCUACAAACAUCCAUUUCCUCGUCACGACCGAGUGUUAGGUUCAAGUCGACAGCUUUUCAAGAGCGCCGUUGGUAUCAUAUUACAAUAGUUCAUCGACGUCCUAGAACGAUGACAUCGAGUAAAGCGAUUCUUUAUGUUGAUGGGGAAUUCGCGGAACAAGUCAAAUGCCAAUACCCAGCUCCUCCGCCACCUACGAAUGCCAGCACAGAAAGUUUUGCUUCCUUCACCUCAACUAGUACUAAGACACAUCCAGUCCAGGCGUUUCUGGGAACUCCUCAGGAUCUUUCCACGCGCCUCGGACGUGGUGUUGUCUUUUCUCGUUGGUCUUUGGCUUCAGCACAUCUUAUUGAGGAUGUGAUUAGCGACGACUUAGUAGCUGUUUACUAUCGUUUGGGACCACGAUAUAAUGGAAAUUUUCAAGAUUGUAUGGGGUCUUUUCAGACGUAUGAGGCUUCUGCGGCUUUGGGAAUGCGUCAGGAGCUCAUGCAUCCAGGGAAGGAAGAAAACUCAGAUAUCCUCAAAGCUAUACGUGGAAAGGCUAGUGUGUUAGUACCGGAGACUCGUAUCAUCUUGAGUAUUCUACCCACUGCUAUCUUGGGAGAGGAGGACCGACUGAAGGGACCGGAAUCUCAACUUUUAAGGGGACUAAACCGAACAGCCUCGAAUAACUUGUUCCAAUUGACCCACAACAGUGGUACUUCGGUUGCUAUCAAUGGAUCUACUCCCAGUAUCAAUGAAGCAUUAACUAGAGCUUAUGGCUCUGCAAUUCUCACAGGUGAACCAGUAGUUAUUGUUCCACAGGCUCUAGAUGAUGCAAUGUGGAGACUAGGGGGGUUUACCGCAAUUGGAUUGAAGCUGGUCGAAGUCGCCAACACGAAAGAAAGUAUUGUCCGUGCCGUCGAAAAUCUGUUUGAGAGUAUCAACGCAAGUUGGCGCAACAGCGAGGCCAUGGAGCGAGAGAACGGCUACGCAAUACUGGGCGCCCUUCUUCGUGGCAAGAUGGGUGCUGGAACUGUCAUUUCGACAAGGACGGGUAGCUCGGAUAACUCCAAUAUGAGCGAGGAUGAUCGUGACAAACUUGGGUUUCGAUUGUUGAGCCUGGUACUGGAUUUUGUUGGUUAUAGCCACGAGACACCCGAGGAAUCAUUUAUAAUUAACCCUCUUGCAUAUCGGAUAUUACUUGUUGACUAUGACAUGUGGCGGAAGACUGCUCCAAUCACUCAAAGAUUAUAUUAUAAACAGUUCAUUACAUUUGGCGUUAACAGCAAAUAUCACGAAUUCAAUUCCCGACGCCUAUUUCGAAUGCGAAUUGUGAAAAGGUUUCUAGAUGCUCUGAAAGCCGAAUUGUUCCCUGCGGGUGUCUUUCCUUCUUUCAUGGAAGCACUAACUAGCUUGGUGAAGUGCAAUAUGACAGCAGAGGUCUUCCGCUCUCUUGCUCUAUUCAUCACUUAUGCAUAUCACAAACCUACAAGUUCUACUUCAAGAACUCCUAAGAAUCCUGGAUCAACGCUUCCGAUACGCUCUGGCACGGUAUCAAGAGGCCUCAGAAGACCAACCAUUAGCACUGUAUUCGAUGCGAAUGAGAUGCUUGCGCCGAUAAUGACUAAGAGACAGCUUGGUAACAAAGUGCUUGGAAUGUAUACUGAGCUUCUGUGUGAGAAAGGCACCACAUCAAACAUUCGGAAAUUUGCUAGGACUGUGACGAACAAAUGGCUCUUACAUCUCUUAACGGAAGAUGAUCCACAAGUUGUGGUCCUUGGCUCGAAGAUAUUAGCCCGCCUUUUAGUCAUUCAUGGCUCCAGCUAUGCAUCAAAAUUCUCGAGUAAAACAGGAGGUUUUACAAUUAUGCGACAUAGAUUGAAGAGAUGGUGGGACAUCCCAACACUUUGGCCUGUCUGUUUUAGUAUACUAUUCGGACAUGACGUCGCGGACAUUGAUUUCGAGCAGCCAUUUGAGCUGUACAAUCUUCUGGAGACAUUUGGUACAGGUAAAGUUGUGUACUCAAAUGUGCUACCUGUAAUCAUGACGAUGCUGCAGCAUGGAUUGAAGGAUGUGCUACGAAAUCAAGAUGAUCCUGACUCGCCGCUUCAUGAUAAGGGCCAUUGGAAGGACCAGGAGGCACCAACUGAUACUCUUAAACUCCCAACUCGUCACAGGUCAAUGUCUCUCACAAAAGAACUCGAAUCUCGACAAUCUAGGCAGCCUAAAAGAGAACAAUUAGCGGAGCAAGUUGUUAUUCUACACACCAUUAUUAGGUUCCUCGCGGACUUGCAUAGCAAAUCUCAAGAGUUUAGGGAUUUUGCUUUGUCGUCAGACUAUGUCAGACUUCUGCUGGCCGUUCUAUUUCCCGUGGUCGUUAGUUCAGAUGCUGUCAGUCCAGAGACGGAAUUGAACUCUCGUGAUUCUGCGUUGACUUUCGAGGGUGAUGAUGUCAUCAUUAGACCGGUGUCUCGCGUAUCAGCUAUGCCUAUACCCAUUGUCCGAACCUCAACAGUGAAGACUCUUCUUCCACCUAGUCCUACAACUCUCAGAGCGAAACCUCUUCGUCGGGGGUCAUCAUUUGUGUUGUUAACAGCUCGCCCUUCGGAAUACAGUCCAUCUUCUGCAAGACUUAGUCUAGUCAUGUCGCCAAAGAAAAGAAUCGCUACACAGAAAGUAAGUAACGCAAUAGUUGAAGGUAUGCUAGAACUAGCUAUCAAUGUCUUCAUUGACCAAGUGAUGGCUCGUAAAGAAUUUCCUGGGUUUGGAUUGUUCCUCAAAGUUCCUCCCGGAUUUCAAGAACACCAGGCGUAUUUCGAGUCGUACUUGCUGCGUAACAUGAUAUCACAGCUUGGUACUACUAUUCAAUUGGACCAAAAGUCACUCUGGGAGCCUCGAGUCAUUCAGAAUAUGGCUCGUUUUGUCCUCCAUAUAGGUGAAGCUGUAUUUGAAGGCUGGUUCCUGGGAGGUGCUGAAACUUUAUUGGACUUUGCAGGAACAAUAUUGGAAUACUUAGAGCGACCCGAAGUCUCCAAGAUCAAAAGUGUCCGACUGUGUAGCCAAGCUGUUGCUUCGAUCAAAAGCGUCUUCCUUCGAGUCGUCUUGCUGCGUCUAUCUGAGCUUGAUGUGCCAGAAGCUUCUGAGUCGGAAGCAUUGGCAUUCAUGGACAAGCUACUUUAUUGGCAAACUGUGGUCUUGUCCGCCGAUGUGACUGAAGAUAACUUUCUGAAGCUUAUUUGUUACCAGCUUUAUGUUAAGCUAGUUGAUGAAAAGGAAAACAUACGCUUGGCUGCUGCAAACAUUUGGCGCAUAUUGCUUGUUCAAAAGCCCGAAGAAACGUCCAAUAUGCUCCGUCAUGCUAUGCCUGGCCAGUACAAACAUCUGGACUCUGGUUUUAAGAAGCUUACUGAGUUAGAUAAUGAGACUUUUGCGGAAUGGGUUGAUAGCUACAGAGCGGAGCUUGAUGCUUUGUUUUUUGGUGCAAUGUCUCGUGCUUGGGAAGACUUCGUCAAUGCUGAGAAUGAGAAGACCGAAGACACCCUUAAAAAUCGCGUUUCCAAGCGACGUGAGAAGCUCAAGCAAUGGCAUGCAGAUGAUCUUAAUGAUGAGGAUAUAUUGUUUCGUCAUGACCUCGCAUCAAAUCUAUGGAUGAAGAACAUCUAUGCAUCCGAACAUCUCAAGCACCAAAGAGCACAGCAAGACCAGCAGGAUAAUUUCAGCUUUCUCGUGUCUACUUUUUCGAGAAUGGAUCGUGAGCUCCAUAGGCCUUGUGCAGUUUUUGAUCGCGGGGUCCCCAUAAAAUGGAAAUUGGACCGGACCGAGGGUCGAAAUCGCAUGCGUCUCCGCAUGCUACCGGAUCGUGCUGCUCCGACCUAUGAUUACAAACCGAAAAGACGUCCCACGGAGACAAGUACAAACGAUAUUCUGCAGGUAAACACAAAAGUUAGCAGUAUUGCUCCGACUCAGCACUUUGAUUCAACACCCAGAUCUGCAGUAGAACCAUCUGGAGACUUUGUUGGUCAAAAUGGAUCCGAUAGGAGGACGGAUGAUCCAUCAGAGGAGACUCCAACUGAAAGCCCGGAUAAUGUUCAAGAAGAGGACUUUGAACUUGUUGACGACCCUAAUGACCCUGGUGAUGGCGAUGAUGGUUUCGAGGACAAAAACCGAAAGGUCAUGCGCAGCCUUCAAAGAGGAGAUUCGGUACAACACGUUUUUAAUAUCUCACGAAUCAUUGGACUUGAGGCAGUUGAAGGCCUAUUGAUUCUAGGCAAGGAUUCCCUCUACCUGAUUGACAAUGUCUUCCAAAGAUCCGACGGGGAAAUUGUGAAUGUGGCAAUGGCUCCUAAAGAGGAACGCGAUCCUUAUUUACAGAUGAUCGCUGGUCACAAAGCAAAUGAAACAACACCUCAACCUCUCAGAACCGAGCAAGAAUCACGAAGUUGGAAGUGGAGCGAUGUCAUUAGUAUAUCCAAGCGUCGCUUUCUGUUUCGGGAUGUUGCAGUGGAAGUCUUUUUCACAGAUGGUCGUAGUUAUCUACUUACGUCCAUCUCGGCUACUCUCAGAGACGAUCUCUUUACUAAGCUUUCUUCAAAAGCUCCACAUACCAAUGGUAGUUCUGUUUUGCCAAAUCCAGAAGAUGGCUGGCGUCUUGAGGCUCUCAAGGUAUCGGACGAGGCACCUACUACUUUUGGCUCUAAAUUUGGUAGCAUCUUCAAUUCUUCUGCUUGGAACCCAGCAAUGCGACGAUGGGCAAAAGGAGAAAUCUCGAAUUUUCACUACUUGAUGCUCGUCAAUACGAUGGCCGGUCGUACUUUCAACGAUCUCACUCAAUAUCCCGUCUUCCCUUGGGUUCUAGCCGACUAUACUAGUGAAGAGCUAGAUCUUAACAAUCCUGCUUCUUUCCGAGAUCUAUCAAAACCAAUGGGCGCACAGCACAACUCUCGUCAAGCGGACUUUAUUGAAAGAUACAAAACAUUUGCAGAGAUGGAUACCAGUACACCUGCCUUUCAUUAUGGGACCCAUUACUCCUCAGCCAUGAUUGUUACAUCAUAUCUAAUCAGACUUCAACCUUUUGUUCAAUCAUACUUGCUACUCCAGGGAGGUAAUUUCGAUCAUCCUGAUCGAUUGUUCUAUUCGAUCGCGAAAGCUUGGGAGUCUGCGUCUAAGAAUAACAUGUCGGAUGUGAGGGAGCUGAUACCAGAAUUCUUUUACCUUCCAGAGUUUCUCACUAAUAAGAAUGGAUACAAUUUUGGCUUACGACAAGGGGAAGGCGGAGGUAUAGAUACUGUCGCCCUUCCACCAUGGGCCAAGGGUGAUCCAAAAAUAUUCAUUGCUAAACAUCGCGAGGCUUUAGAAAGUCCAUAUGUUAGUAAAAACUUGCACCAGUGGAUUGAUCUUGUUUUUGGUUGCAAGCAACGUGGAGAAGCUGCUAUCGAAAGCGUUAACGUAUUCCAUCACCUUUCAUAUCAUGGUGCAAAGAACCUUGAUACCAUCGAAGAUCCUGUCGAAAGGCUAGCUACCAUUGGAAUCAUUCAUAAUUUCGGUCAAACUCCUCAUCAAGUAUUCCCUAAACCUCAUCAAUCUCGAGAAGACAUGCGUCAAAAACCAAAGAGACUUGAUACUUCCGCUGAAUCUCUGACACGAUUACCCUUUCCCUUGAUCGAAAGUCAUGAACGUGUCGCAUCACUCAUUUAUUCCUCUAAAUUGGAUCGACUACUCUGCGCCACAGCAUUCCGCCUCAAUCUUCCUCCGACUUAUGAUAAAUACCUAGAAUGGGGGUUUGCCGACAAUAGCGUCCGUUUCUACUUUAAUGACUCCAAAAAGCUCGCUGGUCUCUUCGAAAAUCUCCAUCAAGGUCAAUUAUCUUCCGUCAUCUUUGCCUCAUCACAAAUUCUCAUUACAGCCGGUGAAGAUUGUGUUCUCUCCGCCCAUACAAUCAUAACUUCUUCAUCCAAACCUGUCGAUCUCCAACCUCGCUCUUCCCUAUUCGGCCACAAAACACCAGUCACCACUCUCGCAGUCAGCACAUCCUUCAGUACCAUGCUCAGCGCCUCAUCUGAUGGUCUCGUCCUUCUCUGGGAUCUAAAUCGCUUAGAAUUCGUCCGCAAACUCACACAUGGUCGACCUGUCGAAUGUGCUCGAAUUAAUGAUGUGACUGGCGAUAUUAUGUUAUGUCGUGGUCAAAAGGUUGCUCUAUAUACCUUAAACGGCGAAGCACUUCUCGAGCAAAAUGUCUGCGCGGAUCUAGGACACGAUGAUUACAUACACAGUUGUGCGUUUUACGAAGGUACUGGAAAUGAAUGGUUGGAGAGUACAUUACUUUUCACGGGUCAUAAAAGGGGAAUAGUGUGUAUAUGGCGGAAAAUCGUGGGUGAACAAAGUGGGAAAUGGGAGUUGGAAUUGGUGAAGAGACUGGAUCAUGUGGAUGGGGCAAGGAGAGAUGCUAGUGGGAAUGGAUCGGUAGGACCGCCCGGGAGGAGAUUGACGGUCAAUGGAAACGUGGAGGCAGGGAUUAGUUGUGUGGCACCGAUGGAGAAGGGGGUUUAUACUGGGGAUGAAGAGGGGAGAGUGUUUGAAUGGACAUUAGUCCAACGCGAACGAUGA